CACAGUUACAUUCGACGGCGACGACGACGACGUUGGUGGUGAUGGUGAUGGUGGUGGUUGGUGAUGGUAGUGGGGAAGCAGGGUGGGUAGAGAGAACAUUUAAUUUGAACUUGCGAGGAAGUAGUUGAUUGGAGAUGCGAGGUACGAAGCUCGUUGGCGGACGAGCAGUUGCAACUCGGCCGCCGGUCUCGUUAGACCUUCCGGGAGACCCUCGUUAUUGAGAAUCGCGAUCGAUUCGCGUGCACGCCGGUUUCUUUUCUCCUUCCUUUUUACUAGGCCACGAAUCCCGGCAAUGAGCAUAAUCGAUCGGCCUCUUUGUCUCGCGCAAAUUUGCAAGUUCCAUGUUUAUCGAGCAGCCACGUGAGUUACGAUGAGCGAAUACUGGUCGGUUCAGUCGCGAUGAUGAAUUCUAAACCUUGGAUUUGAACGCACCACUCACAGAGAUCUACAGAAGAGCUCACGAGGUGCAGCACCACAACAUUGGCGGAGGAAAUCAACGUGGAGAACACAAGUGUAACGGCGUCUCGUACUCAAAAGAUCAUGAGUGUCUGUAGGAAAACCUUACGCUGGAUAUACAUGGUGGAUUUGGCCUUAGUAUUGUCAAUGAGUGUACUCCUGGCGAUUCUCGAAUUCAAUGUGGUACCGUGUCAGCGAAUCGGUUUCUUUUGCAAUGACCCGAAGAUCUCGUUUAAAUUCACAGGCGACACGAUCUCCAUGGGCUUACUGAUAAGUUUCACUCUCAGUCUGCCUUUAAUAGUGAUUUGGAUUGUAGAAUACGUCUGUUACUCCGCCGACAGUUACGAGAGCGUGUCAUGUUACAACACUCGGGGCAGGCAAAUCUGGCGUUGGUACGGAUAUUACAUCGCGGGGCUUGCGACCCUCACGUUCAUCGUCGAAUUCAUGAAACUUCUAAUCGGCGAGCCGCGGCCGCACUUUCUCGACACGUGCAAACCGCGCGAGGCGGUCAACUGCACCGAUGAAUACGUUAGUUCUUACACGUGCACGAAUACCGAAUUCUCCACGUGGUUCGUUAAUGAUUCCAGCAAGUCCUUUCCGUCCGGCCAUUCGGCUCUCUCCGUUUACACGAGCAUCUUCUUGGUGUGGUACCUGCAGAACCGUCUGCCGAACCGGACGUUGUUUCUGAAACCGUGGCUGCAGUGCCUGAUGGGCUUGUGGGCCGUUGCGUGCUCGCUGACGAGAGUGGGCGACAACCGGCACCACUGGUGGGACGUUCUCGUCGGCGAUCUCCUCGGGUUGCUGUUCGGCCUGUUCGUCGUGGUCGUGUCGUGCCAGCACUUCUGCCUCGGGCGCACCGACAACGCCGCCGCCGUCGCCAUCGCCGCCCUUAACGAGCCCCCGGAGAACGGUCAGAUCGGCGGCUACGACAUGCAACGCAAGCACAGCGUCAAGAAGCUGCUCAAUCCCGCCGUCGUCAACGUCUCGGAGGGCCGGGAGAUGAAGGACAUCACGACCUGGAGGGAGUGAACGGGGGGGGAUACGCCGUUCGCACGAGGGGACGAGGGGAUGAUUUCGGAGGGCGGUGCUGGGGAGGUAUAUGGAGUAUCGCGAGAUGAUCGAAUCAUUCGUUUCGGAAAAUAUUGAACCCGACUCCGGCUUUCGUCCGAAGAAUGUCGGCAGUACAUUUUCGCUGUACCUGAUGUUUUCUUAAGUUAUAAUAAUUACUAUUAUUAUCGUAAUAUAUUACGAUAGGUUAAGCUAUAUCGAUACGUGACUAAUGCAAAUAAGAAAGAAACGAGCCUUUUCUAGGUAAAGCAGAUCUUAGUGCUUAAUUAGUCCAAGUGAGAGUUUAAAGCAUUUAUUUGUCUAAUAAAUUUAAACUUUUAAUAUUUUAUAUAUGUAUAUAAUACAAUAUAUAGAAUAUUGUUUUGCGUCUUGUGGAAUGCGAUUUUGCACUGAAGCUGGAAUAGUGAUAUAUCACAAAUUAAAUUACACGCCUCAGCGAUUGAAUUGGUAAAGACUCCCGUCAUUUUGGUCGAGAGUAGGAGGUCCAGAUUUAAACCCGGGAUAUUUUUCGCAUUAGAUUCUUUACAGUGCCUUAAGAUCGUCAUUGGCAUCAUUAUUGUUAAAUCGUUCAUCAAUUUAAUUCGUGUUAAUACUGUUCUAGCUUUUGUAAGACUGACAAAAUUAACGCGCAGAACUGGAAAAAAUGUUAUUAAGUACUAAGCCUUCCGCUCUGAUCGAAAAAGGCUCAUUUUUUUGUGUAAUAAUCUUAACUUUAUUGAGUAAAUAUGUAGACGUACCUAAAGGAGCAGAAGCGUAAUAGGAAGUUGGAUACUAACGAGACAUCGGCAAUAUCUCUUUUUAAUGUUGUUGAAAUUCAAAAUAGGAAUAUUAGGUUUCAUUCUUGCUCAUGAAAAUCUAAAAGACACAGUACAGAAGUACUAAGGAAAGAAUAUUUUAAAUUCUAGUAAUCAAAAUACAGAUAACGUAUGGAAACAAAGUGCUAGUUUGUUUUGACUUACUGCUUAUUUUAGCAGCAUUUAGCCUAAUGCUGUACAUACACAUAUACGUACACAUGAAUACGCAUAUGUAUAUCUGAGCGAGUAUAGAAGAAUGAUACGUAGAUAGAUAGUGAAAAAAUAAAUAACAAUAAUAGAAUAUAAUAAAGAUGAAUGUAGAUAUAAAGUAAGACAUAACGUGAAAUGAUAAUAAAUAAAAAAUAUAUACGUAUCGCGAGAAAUGAUGUAUAGAGGGAAAUAGCUGGUUUGAAGAACGAGAGGACAAGCGCCGGCAGAGGUGACAAAUUAAAAUAUUUUUCUGCGGUGUAAAUAGGCAUGCAACAAAUGACUGCGUAGCGUUGCAUCAGCCGUUGAUCAGGCGGCAAUUGAACGAGAUCGAACGACAGAGAAUUCGACCGAUCGUAUAUCGACGCGAAUGCAAAUGCUCUUGGCGUUUCCCGUGAAAUAAGGAUUUCGGAGCAGUAACGUCCUUUCCGAGGCGAUUGAUUCGAUCAGGGAAUGUGUAACGUGCGAGCUUGACGCUGGUCUCCCUCCGGAGCCGGUAGGGGGAUCGAGUGCCGGAACGCAUGAGAUUUAUAUUUUCGUAUUAACGUACAAAUUGCUCAGUACGAAAUAGUCGAGCGUUUUACAUUCCACUGGGGCGGGGGAGGGGAGGCAAAGAAGAAAUGUACAUAUCAGAGUCACGGACGCAUCGAUCGCGAGGUUCUCGCGGGUGCGAAGUGACGGAAGGGCUGGGGAGGGGAGGGGGUGAGGGAGAACGGGUGAUCCCGCGUCGAACUGCCUGCUGCGACUUGCACCGAUCCGAUGUAUAACGUAUAAGAAACUCCUGCAAGUAUCAUUUAAUCGCGCGGGAUGAUAAAUCCGACGGAAAGGGGGAGGGAAGGGGAUAACUUAGUAAUCGUCCACCUGAGAUAUAAUAUUUAAUCUACGCCUCCGUCUUUCCCUCAAACGCUCCGCUCGCUCUUAUCAGUAAUUUACACUUACGCCCCCGCGGUUGAUUACAUUAUUUAUAAACUUGUAGCUUUAACCCACCCCCUCCUCUGAUGCACUUUGAACGCAGACAGAAAUCCAAAACGCGGGGGCGAGUCGCUCGCAUUUUUUUUUUUUUGUUACGUGCAUACAUGUGCAAUGUAUUUGUAACGUGUGGCGAAAAUUCAGUCCGCUUUAAUUUUUUAUAUAACGCACAAUUUUUAAACGAGACGAGAAUUGAGUGAUGUUGGGAGAUUGUGUCGAGGGGGGAGGGGGGAUAACUGGAAAGUAAGUCCUGUUGAAUGGAAAUUUUAAUUUAUUCCCGUAAUAUAUUUAACCGUUAUUUACGUACUUGUAAGAAUUUUUGAUUCACAUUCCGUACGCAGCUCCCGUAUGUACAUACCUUUAACGCAAGAAAAUAUUGUUCGUUUCCUUCUUUUUUCCUUGUUUAAUUUAUUUACGCGCGAACGAGGGAUGUGGUUGGAGUAACAGUGAGAUUUACAUUACUAUAUACAAUAUUAUUACGAAAGGAGGAGUGCCUUUGCGGGGAGAUGCUUGGAAACGAGCGUGUAUUAUAAACAGUAGUAUUAUUUACAGUUACGUGUAGUAACGCUUUAGCGCCUCGUUUUAUCGUCUUCUGCCCUCGGAGAAGGUUGACGUUAAUACGUCUCUAACUUCUUUCUAAGCGUUUCUUUCUUUUUUCUUUCUUUCUUUCUUUUCACACGCGAGACUACUUUCACAUUUUUAAUCGGUAAAGAACUAUUAAAUAAGAGUACAUCUUUCGACUAGUCUCGCAUGCCCGAAUACUUUCUGCGAUGAUAUUGAAUUACGUAUGCAGGAACGUACGUAGGGAAAUACAGAGUUGGUUCGUCUGUCGAAGUUACGGGCCCGUAAAUGUACACACAAGUAACGUUGUAUACUACAAUGCAGCGACGCGAUGGAUGACGGCAAGUUACACGAAAUUAAGGUGAUUACAUCGUGCGCGCGAGUAUGUGUGCGCCUUAACGCUGUCGAUUGUUAUUUUUAUUGUACGGCGGUUGUGUGUUGUUACGCCUUGUAACGCGUAAGAAGCAUGUUAUUUAACCCUACCGAUUUCCGUGCGAUCGCUCGCGAGACGCGCGACUGUACAUGCAUAUCGUAAAAGAUAUUGUAUUUUUUUUUUAACGAGCGAACGUCGUAACAGACUCCGGGAUUGUAAUUACCAUAUGUAAUUUAAUUAGCCUACACGCCGACCUCCCGUGUGAUUGUGAUACGUUCCCGCGCUAACGUGUGCGUGUCGCUGUAAAUGUAUGCUGUAUACUUAUGUUUUAACUCAAGAUUAUUUUUUUAAAGGGGCUAGACCUAAGACAGUACCUAUUUUUUAUAGCCUCGCGGUAUCGUCGGAAUUUACACAUGCAUGUCCCUAUUAUAUUGAUUACUCCGAAAACGAAAAUAGUUUUUGGAUUAAAAAAGAAGAUUUAAAGAUUUAAACAAUUUAAAUGUAUGUAUAUAUAUAUAUAUAUAUAUAUAAUACAUCUUUUGCAUUUACACACUUUUUAUAUUCCUAUUUCGUAAUUUUUACGAUAAAAUCAAUAAUCUUUUCUAACCAGUAAUAUUAUUAGUAAAUAUUUGAUAAUUUGCCUUCCGCACUGUUCUUUUUGCAUACGUACUUUUUAUAAAUUUGAUAUCAGUUUAAACAGAUAAUAUAUAAAUUGUGUGCGGAAUGAAAAAAAUGUUUUUUUAUCGCACAGUGCGGCUCGCCAAAUGUACCGAUCCGGAGAUCCUAGUGCUCCAUUGUCUUAAUAGCUUUCACAUGUACAAAAUAGUACGUAAACUAUUCGUCUGUCAUAAAUAAAAUGGAAGAAUUAAAAAUAAAA